CUCUUCUCUCUCUCUCUCUCUCUCUCUUUCAGACACACAUAAACAAAACAAGUCAACAUUUUCCUUUCUGUGGCCAUAUAUGGGUUGCAGGUCUUCAGACAAGCCAAAGCCGAAGCACAGGAAGGGCUUGUGGUCACCUGAAGAAGACCAAAAGCUCAGAAAUUAUGUCCUCAAACAUGGUCAUGGCUGCUGGAGCUCCGUCCCCAUUAACGCCGGCCUGCGAAGGAACGGGAAGAGCUGCAGAUUGAGGUGGAUUAAUUACUUGAGACCUGGACUAAAACGAGGCACGUUUUCCUUACAAGAGGAGGAGACAAUCCUCAACCUUCAUCGCUUGUUAGGCAACAAGUGGUCUCAAAUGGCACAGCAUUUGCCUGGAAGAACAGAUAAUGAGAUAAAGAACUACUGGCAUUCUCAUUUGAAGAAAAAGAUUCACAAAGCUGAUCAUGGAGUAUUGGAGGAGCCAAAUGCACACGACACAAGCUCAGAUAAUUUGGAAUCUAAUAAUAGAGAUCAGUCUGUUGUUCAGUUGUCUGAUCACUCUCCUAAAAAAGCAUACAGGAGCAGCUUGCCUAAGCUUAUGUUCGCAGAGUGGCUUUCACUUGACAGCUUUUCAAGUUUGAAUGAGCCAAUAAUGGGUUCCUUGGAUCAAAACAAUUCCAGGUUCCAGGACAACCUCAUGCAAGGUUGUGUUUUGAAUGAGGGAACAUUUUGUAACAGUGAGUUCCAUAAUUCGAUAAGCGAUGCCUCUGCCGAGGAGAUGUUCAGUUCACAGUUCAGAUUUGAAUGGGAGAGCUCAGGAAACGAUCAGUUUGUUGAUUUUGGGUCUGGAGAUGAUAUAUGUAGUGAAUUCACCGUCAAUAACGAUUUGAUGUUCAUACAAAAUUAUAAGCACUGAGCUGCAAAGGCAUGUUAAUUUCUAGGCAACUUCAAGGAAGAAUAAUUUCUCGUUACACUUCAUAUGAGGAAAAGUUCUAGUUAUUCCAUUGACUUUGUAAUAAAAAAAUUGGAAGUACAUAAUAAUAUUUAACAGAAGAUACCAUAUCUCCAGAAGAAGUGUCUGUUAAU